AUGGCUAGACAUACCAUCGCAUACUUCUUCAGGAGGCGAAUAAUCCUUGCUACAGCCCUAUCGCUCACCCUCUUCCUCCUGCUGGUCUCUCUCGGUUUCAUAGAUGUCGACUUUUCAACACCGGUGGUCAUCUCAAAUUCAUACAUACCUUUCGAGCCCCCAUUGCCACUACCACUGUCGUCAAAACCAUGCAUUGCGCCUGUUAGCGAUCUCCCCUUGACUUGCCUUGACGCCCAUUUUACAAAUGGCGAGACUUGCUAUGCAGAAGGCACCCUCCCACCCGUUUUGGAUGUCCUAUGGACAUGGGUGAAUGGUUCCGACUAUCUUUUGGACGAGGCGAAGAGGAUUGCGCAGAGUAGAUAUAGUCCAGAUGAUCCAGAUAGGCCUUCGAGGUCAUUAACGCAGGCGAGGCUAUAUCGUGACCAUGAUGAGCUGAGAUACUCGAUGCGUUCCGUUCUUCAGAACUUUCGAAAUUACGCUGGCCGCUUCCAUCUCCUCACCGCCGACUUUCCUAUGCCGAACGCGAUGGCGGAGAGCUACAAUGUUACCACUCCAGAAUCUUGGCGAGUGGGACAGAUCCCCCAGUGGCUUGACUUGAACAAACGGACGACGGCAGGCAAUUGGAACGACAGGCGUAUAGACCUUUCGGUCAAGCAUCAUGCGCAAGUCUUCAAGCCAUAUGAUGGUACCAACUUCAACAGUCUAGCAAUCGAAUCGCAGUUUGGUCAUCUAGGAGAUAUUUCUGAGUUCUUUAUUUAUAUGAACGACGAUAUUUUCAUGAUGAAUCCGCUUUCGCCUGUCAGCUUCUACACCCCAGCGUUCGGCGUCGUUUUACACUUGCAGUCGAAUCUUCUUGUCCGCCCCGAGAGGCUCGCGGGCAAAAACCAAGGAGAAUGGCGAAGUCUAGCCGAGAGCAACUUUCUGCUGAGCAACCGCUUCGGCGCUCGCCAUCGUCCUUAUGUUGCCCACGAGGCUAAGACUGUAUCUCGUGCGUUAUUGCACGAGAUGACCAUGAUGUGGCCAGAAUCUUUCGCUCAAAGUGCUUUGCACCACUUCCGCGAAACGGAGGGCGGCGAUGGCGACGUGAAUGCAAUGUUCAUGCACUCGCACUUUGUCGUCGAACGUGCUCGCGAAGCGUUGUUAUGGAGCUGGGUGGUUGCUCGGAUUGGAAGCGACGACGAUUUGUGGGGAGAAAAAGAAGCCACUCGAGCAUGGACAGAGCUCGGCGGUGUGAUUGGUGAGAAAGAUUUGCUCGUCGUAGGUGGUUGGAGGGACACACUUGUCAAAAGCCGGGUUGAGAAAGAGCUGAAGGCAAUGGGAUUACAGCCACAAGUCCUGACCUCAUAUGUCUUCUCCUCUCUGGAUGGAUAUCCAUACUCAGGUCUCGGUGUUGCCGGUGCACCAGACUGGCUGAAGUUCUCACCGGACGUUCCGGAAGGACAGCUACCCAGGUGCAGGAUCUCUUACAGCGAGUGCUUUGUAGUUCCCGAUUUUGAGGGUAAUCCGAACCGCGCUUCUGAUAUCUUUAAGCAUGUUGCAUUUCGACAGUCGAAAUGCGGAGAUUGCAUCAUCAUGUCUCUUGUACAUGCCAGUGGAAGACUAGGAUUAUCGGCAUUUCUGCCUCCUCCAGGACGGAGAGAUCUUACCAACUCGUUCGAUGUAUUAGAAGAACAAGUUCCUCAUCUUCCCUUGGUUCACGAUUGGCACGAUGGCGACUUCGCGCUGCAGUCAGUGAUACGCCCCAAUCACGAUGUGGAUGUAAGAGUCUGGACUCUGCGACUACUGCAACGCUAUCGUUAUGUUUUAGGUGAUACACCGUCGCUGUUUGAACGCAUUGCUACGCCGCAACAAACAGCAAGAGUAAUUGGUGGGAUUGAGAAUAGCAAGAAUAUUGCGUUGUUAUGUAUCAAUGACGAUGUGGCUCGGUUAGAUCAUGAAGUCUCAUUGGUCUUGAAGGUAUGGUUUGACCAACGAUGGAAACAUCCUGCUGCUUGGGAGAAGGGGUAA